AUUAACAAUUAAUUAUGACUACCAAGUAUUUCUGAGAAAUAGCUGGACAGUGGUUACUGCUCAAAAGUGUCUCACUAGAAUGUAAAAUGGAAUGUUACAAAAAAUAUUUUAGUCUGAAUUUGGUCAUUUCUCACAGGCUAUGGUUUCCCACGGUCGUUGCACAAUAAUGGCAGCCAUUUUCCAACAUCAUUAUAAUGAAUUGGUGGUUCUAAAUUGCCUCAUCCAGAUAGUCCUGGCUAAGAAAAUGACUCUGUCAGCCUUUUGACAUCGGAUGUGACCACAAUACGUAGUGACAACCAGAGAAAAAUAAUAAAAAACAACGCAUGUGUAAAAUUACAACGGUUAGGGCUAUUUUAGUUGGGCCAGGCGACAAAAAAUACUAUGGAAUUGCUCUGUAAACUCUGUCCAUGUCCGAGCUUUCAUUUGAAACGAUGGUUUACCAUAGUGAGCCCUUAAUCAGCCUGAUAUAUACAGCUGAAAAUCAGAAGUUGAAUUUAAGAUAAAUAAAAAGGUUAGUUCGUUAUGCCUUCUAAACUUUCACUUGAAAUUGAGUUAUUUGUGUAUGACAUUCAUGUCUGAGUAGAAUGUUUUAACUACUCAGAACUUUAAUUACAGUAAUUAGAAUUCAAAUUAGACAAAAAACCUGAAAGUAGUUUGCUGUCAUUUUACUAUUUCCUGAACCUUUCAAUUGGCCUUACAAAAACAGGCCGUAUAUAUUGCUAGGAUAAUAAUUUCAAAACACAAUAAGGUUGAUGUGUUGGACAUCGAUUGCACGCUACUUCAACCUAUGAUGCUAUUACAUGUAGUGGGUACUUUUUUUGCUCUUUCAAAUCUACAAUUGCUAAAUAAAACAAUUUAUAGACCAUGUAUUUAUUAUACAUUAAAAUACAUGAUUGCGACAACGAUGCAUGUUAUCAUGUUAAUAAGGUAAUGAUAAAUUAGUCUUAAGUGCUUUCACUGUAAAAAAAAAAACAAUAAAUUAAAAAAAUAAAAAAAUAAAUAUAUGCGUGUGUGUAUAUAAAUAUUUAUAUAUGCUCGUGCAGGAAAAACUUGAACAUGGAAUUCAGCAUGAACUUGUCGCCUAAACCUAAUACUGUACUUGCCACAGUGCAAUUUUUUGGAAGGGCAAUAGUAUUGAUAGUAUUAAUAAAAUUGCAUAUUACAUAAGAUGAUUUGGUUUUUUUUGACAUAGAACGAAUUUUAUUUUCCUAGUGCUACUGUUAGUCGUGUAAGCUAUUAACAGGACUUUUCACUGUGUUCACUGUCUGAAAGGUAUGACCAUAUGUUGACAGCUGUAUCACAGUAGUAUAACGGUAGUCCAGUGUGUAACAGAAAAAACUGCGAGACCUAACUGCUUAUUAGGCUGUUUACAGAAGAGACACAAUUAUCAACAGAUGCAUUUGUUUUGCAAGGACCAAAAAUAAAAAGCAAAAGUCUGUGCAAUGUGGCCCAAGCUGGUAUGCAAUAGACUGGCAAAAAUUUCUUUCCUCACAAUUUGAAGAAAAUAUUAAAUCGUAUAUGUAUAUCUUAUGCGCUUGAGUGUGAACGGUGAUGGCUGGUUUAAUCUCACUAGCCUGAUUAAUGAGCUGUUCGAACGUACACAGCACCAGGCAUGAAAGUCUACGAGGAAACUGUAGUGAGUAAUAAAGAAGAUGAAACGAUCUGAAAUAUGUUUCUUUUAAAAACUUAAUUAAACUCUUUGUGGCAUUAUAUUUAGUUUGUGAAUUUACUAGGAGUGCCUCUAUUCAAAAUUUGAGGCUAAAUAAGUUAAUUUCGAAAUAUAAAUACACAUAAUAAAGAAAGCAAUACGUGAAUGAAUACGUGAAAGUGAUAAAUUCAGUCUAGAAGGGUUGUGGGACAACAGACUGGAAGCUUCAGCUGAGUGCUAGCGCUGAAGUCAGAACCCAGACAAGUGCAUCGAUUGGUUGGGACAGCGAGACCACGCCCAUCUUAUUGGUGGGCAUUAUUUACAUGUUGAGCCUCAAUAUACAGUAAGACAUCAGGGCAAGGGACGGUUGCUAUCAUACAACCUUUGAAGUGACCAACAAAGAAUUAUAAUGUCAUUGUAUUUACUAUCAGGCGAGGGCAUUUCUUUCAGAUCGAAAUUCUGUCAGGUGGAUCAGGAAGGAGAAACCCGGGAGAAACAAUCGACAGGUAUUGUGGACCAUGUUAUUCACAUACCUCUGACAUCGGAUGUGCAGUAUAGCUCGAAUCGGUUUGACGAGCCUCGGGCAAGUGCCUUACUUUGUAAUGAUAGAUCCUGUGUAUCCUACACUGAAGCCGAGGACUGCAUUUUACAUGCUGAGUUUAUGAGCUCUGUAUACUCCCGAAGCGCUUCGUUCUGCUGUAAAGAGACUCGCCUUCACGAUACAGACGAAGAGCACGGAAAAAGUUUACUCUCUUACGAAAGCUACCAAAGUGUUAGUCCGUCUCCCGGGAGUUGUUUAAUAGCACUUCGGUCAGAGGACAGGGGGGGUCCUAACGCCUUCAACUGGAUGAAAAAAGCCAAAAGAAACAAUUCUAAAACGUGUCCAAUAGCUUGCGGCUUGACCAAUGUAGCAGCUCGCCCCAGUUUCACUACCAGACAGGUGACUGAACUGGAGAAAGAGUUUCACUUUAAUAAGUACAUCGGCAAGCACAGGAGAGCCGAGAUGGCAAGCGCGCUGCAUCUGAGCGAGUCGCAAGUGAAGAUCUGGUUCCAGAACAGAAGAAUGAAGCAAAAGAAGCGAGAGAAGGAGGAGGGCCUUGGAGCGAUUACUCACUCUGCAGAGCUGCACUCUUCCACCACGGGCUUCCAACCUGCUCACUUCCCCUGCUACUCAUAUCAUCACAAAAGUGCCUCUAUGUGAAACAUCUGCGGUGCCAAGUGUCCAAAGAUGCUCAGCUAAUUGUUUGCACUAUUUAUAUCUAAACUAAUUAAUCAUAAUGAAAUAAUUUUUAUUUUCUGUUAAUCUGUUAAUGAUUUUUGUCAACUAUGUGACAUGUAAAUUGCAAUGCCUUUAAAAGCUUCAUAUUUUCUAAUAUAUUACUUUUGUAUUUGUAUAUUACUUUUUGUUAUGUAACAAUAUUAUGUAUCUUACUAUAGCAGAUAUAUUUUAUUGAGAAAAUGU